UUUCGGGAAGCUUUCAUCAUGUACCUGCUAGUAGUCUACAUCUCUCUUGUGCUGAGCUUUGUUCCAGCUCAGAGUCAUUCUGUUGCGAAUUUCUUCAGAAGGACCUCUGAAGAGACUGAAGACAGCCCUGAGCAAGAUGGCGUUCCAGUGUCAGCAAUAAUUGAGGCCAACAAACAUGCUGUACAGGGAUUGGACGAUCCUGUGAUCAUGUUUGGAGACAUCGCUGUAGCAACAGGGUUUCAGAAUGCAGAUCCAUGCACAGCUCAAGGGUGUAAAUGGGGGAGAAGCAAAAAUGGAAGAGUCUAUGUGCCCUAUGCCAUCUCCAACCAGUACUCUCCCCAAGAAAAAGCAGUGAUUAAAAGAGGCCUGCUUUCUUUUCAUAAAUCAACCUGCAUUCGAUUCACUCCUCACAAUGGACAGAGGCACUUUAUUAACAUACAGUCAGUCUCGGGCUGCUAUUCAUAUGUUGGACGGCAAGGCGGAGGGCAGGUUGUGUCUCUGGACCGCAGGGGAUGUGUUUAUCACAGUAUUGUUCAGCACGAACUGCUUCAUGCUCUCGGGUUCCAUCACGAGCAGAAUCGUAGUGACCGUGACGAACAUGUUCAAAUUCUUCUUCAAAACGUCAUGCCUGGAAUGGAGAACAAUUUUCAUGUACAAAAUACCAAUAAUCUGGGUACUCCCUAUGACUACAGCUCUGUGAUGCACUAUUCAAGGGACGCUUUCUCCAUAAAUCGUCAGCCAACCAUCAUUCCCAUUCCAGACCCAAACGUUGUGAUUGGUGAAGCUCAACAAAUGAGCCCCAAUGACAUCCAGCGUAUUAACAGGCUUUACUGCAGUUAAACAAAGUGAUGCUGAGAUGCAUGAAGAGCAUGUCUGAAGACCCAAUUCAUCCUCGUUUUUCAAGCAUUCUUCUUAGCUUUCCUUUACAAUAUUACAAUGUCAAAAUGAUGUCACUGCCUAUAUUUUCAUCAAAAUGUGUUUUGAGAGUAAAAACAAAUGCACAAAUAAAUAAGCAAUAAACAUCAGUGUGUUUUUGUCUUGCUUUGCAAA